AUGUAUUUUCGGGUCGUCGAUUUUAGUCCAUUACCAAAGCGAAUGCUAGCACCCAUCGAGGGCUAUGAAAAAAUGCCACUUGUAUCAAUUGAAGAUGCAGUAAAACCUCUUGUUAGCAUCGUACCAAGAGUCGAACGUAAUGUAUACAUCGUCAAACAGAACUGUAAAAAUCCAGCAGAUGGCUUAACAACUGAUGAAUCUGCUUCGAUUAUGCUGUAUACUUACGAAUCGAUGCCACAUGAAAACUCUCUUUAUGUCAUUCUCAACGAAACAUUACGUUCGGAAGAAAGACAGAAACUGAUUCCUUGGUUUUCCUAUUUACGACUUGUAUUAACAGCAGUGGCUCGUCUACCGUCCGAUCGACAUUUUAUCAAUCGAGGAGUUCGAAAAAACUUACGUGCAGAAUAUCCAACAGGGAGCACUUUUAUUUNAGAAUUGUACAGUAGACUUUCUUUUAUUGGAUUCUAUGUUUACAAUUUCAUUUAA